AACAGUUUGAAAUACAUCAUCAUACCGCCCCGGAAAAUGAUCCACUGUUCUAAGAAUUCUCAACCCACAAUCAUGAAGAAACAUCAACAAGAGUGCAGUGAGAUCCAUACAAUUCAAAUUUUCCGCGAAGCCUCGUCGUGCAUACCACGAUCAUCUUUACGUCAAUGUAAUCAACAGUGCCCCGGUAGAACGGUGAGCAUUCAAAGCACAACAUGUGUCACACCAACUAGUCAAAAGCAAGAUGGCACGUCUUAUGCAAUCGGCUGUGACUGGGCUAUUGAGAUGGACGAAGAUCUUGUCGAAGAGCCAUCAACACUGAUCGAGAUGAAAGAAUCAAACUCAGAUGGCCAAUCCAGUCUGUACUCUUUUUACUUUGAGACGCCACUAAUUUCGAUUGGGCAGGAUCAAUCCUUCGACGAAUAUACAAUCACAGCCAAUGAUACCGAUAGCUUUCAUGACAGCAAUGACUUUGAUUCUGAUAGUAUGGACGACAUUUGGGAGCAAGGACUGACUCGAUCAGUUUCAUGUUUCGAAAUGGAAAAAUGAUGCUUGUUGAUCAAUUCAAAAGUCACACUUCUAAGACGAUUUUUGGGAGGUGAUCUUACAUCGAUGAGACCAAUUUACGACUGCUAGUCGAUAACGAAGUUGAUUGAAACGGGGAAAAAUAUAUACUUCUACAUGGGGAUGAUUCUCUAGGAUUUUGAGCGUUCAAGAGCCAGAAUCAUUGUAAAACUAAAUCAAAUAAAGCGGAAAAAUUAGAACGAAACUCACCGGAUGAAGGAAAGACCACACAUCAAUUUCCUCUAAGCUUAGUAUUUUGGAUGAAGAUACGGACCCACCUCCAUUGGAACAAAAGAAAAACUAGUCACAGAGAUGAUUGCAAUCGUUCAUAAUACCGUGUUUGCAGAGCGACAUCGAAGGCGCCUUGUCUCAAGAACUUCUCUAUUUCGUGCAGCAAAUCGUUUGGUGAUUACGCAGUGGUGAAGGUGGAACUGAACGGUGUUGUGUUAGAGAGGAAACUCGGAGGAGGAAACUUCUACUGAUACGAAGUACUUGUAGUUUUGAUCACGAGUCACUCAUCAUUGAACUCAGAAUUUUUCGAACGGGAUGUGCCUCGUAGCGUUGAAAAGAAAAAAACAACGGGACUCAAAAAGGAUUUCAUAGAGGUGCACGGUGCACACGGUCUCAUGAGAACAACGGGACAUGGAUCUUGGUAACGUACUAUGACACGGUAAAACGUACAGCAAUGUCUAUUUUUUAGUCGAACUUUCGAAGAAUCAUCUCAAAUAUCAAAACGUCAAGAUGACCCUUUUUUUCGUAGGGCGCCCCUAGGUCAACUUAGAGUUCAGAUCAGACCAGAUCAGUUCUCGUUUUCUUCGAGUAAUUUAAAUUAGCAUUCGACAACCUUUUCGCCGCUCUUGAACAUAAUUCAGUAAUCUCAAUACCAAAGAAUACCACCAUGGCAGUUGAUCCCUCAACUGGCGAACUUAUCAAUAAUGGUCAAAGCCCUCGCUUCAAGCUUUGGCUUGCGUUUUUUGCUUUCUCUACGAUCGUGAUGGGAAGCGCUGUAGGGGUGGUAAGCAAAUGAAAUGUUUUGGCGGAAGAGACGGGAUACAGUAUCAGGUGGUCACAUAUGUUUCAUUUUGAGCGAUAAGACUUUCUUUGGCUUAUCGAAAUGCCUUCUUCCUCUAUCAUUCAAUCGCAAAAUAUCUUUCUCUCUUCUCAUUACAUGACGCAGAAAAAGAGAGAAAACCAGGUCUCCUCGAAUUCUGUGUGGGCUGUCUUUUGUUCUGCAUUCUCAUUCACCGUAACUGGAGUUGUCACUAUGAUGCACUUGAGUCCUAUGCUUUCAGACUACAUCGUAGGAACCAAGUGGGAAGGAAUCAUCACGGUUGUUUUGGCAGCCUUUUGGUCUGCGACAGUUGCCGUGGGUACGUUUUAUUGCGCAUGUGUCGCAUCUUUUCGCUCAGCAAUUAUUUCCGUAUGUCUUAGGAAAUACCAUCAUUUGUUUCUCACAACAUGGACUCAUUUGUAUUUACAGUCGCAAAUGCGGCAACCGGGUUGGCGGUAGAUGCCUCAAUGGAUAACACGAUCGUGAAUGGCAACUUAUAUUAUUUUGUGAGUGAGAGGAAAUCGAAUCGGUUUGGCUGAACUCUAUCUUCUGAUGCAACACAUCAUGGUGCAUAAUUUCCAGUGUUUCGUUUACUCUACUCACAAUACAGCAUACGAAUCCUACUUUAUUUUUCCGCUCUAUGUGCACGAUCACGAUUGGCAAAAUUGGCAGAGCUGGGCCGGCUUCGUGACUUCCAUUCUUUUGAUCAUUGAAUACCUUCGCGGUGUAUUUGGGGUUGAUGUGUACGGAACAGUUAGAAAUCGUGCUGCCCGUUUGACUCUAUGGGCUGGAUUAUUGGCAUGCCAAUUGGUCGUCUUAGGGGCAUCGGCAAAUAUUUUCGAUACGGAUUGUACGGAUUUCAACGGUUACGCUCCCGAGUCAGCUUACUGUAAACGAACGAAGUAUGGUCUUUCGUUGGGCGUGAUCGGUACCCUAUUUUCCCUUGUAAUUGUUGCCAUGAAGAUGCUGACGACAGUUGCUCCCGUGGUCGUUGAAGGCGUUUUGGCGUUUGUGCUUUGCAUAAUGAAUGGCUGCGGCGUUGCCUUCCUUACAUCAGCCGAAGGUCCAGGAAGCCCAAUCGGCAACCUGUACUAUUUUUCUUGGUUUUCUUGGUUGGUCUCCUUCGUGUUGCUUGCUAGCGUCUAUGAGGAUUAUCGGGGCAUGAGAACCCCAGAGAAUGAGGAGGUCAAGGUAGAUGGGGAAAUUCCAGUCGAAGCCAUUGACGAUGUUUAGAGCUUUGAUGCAGUGCUCCGUACUCACGAAAGAUUUCUGUAAUAUGGCAGCUGAGUUUGAGUUUAGAGUUUUUCAAGAAAUCAUUUCCAUUUAAUGUAUAAUGAGUUCUUUCUGUGAUAAUGCAUCUGGUGCUUGUACCUACUUUUAAAUGGUCGCUGUUGCACAAACUUGAGAGUAUAAAAUAUAUUUUCCAUU